GCCGUUCCCCCGACGAUAACGGAGUUCCCGACCCGAAAACGAAGUCCAGAUUGUUAUGCUGGCCGCAACCAGGACACGGUCCUUAUUAUUAGGACUUUUCAUGCUUCAGUUAGAAUGGUCAUCCGAGCAAACUAUUUCCCUAAGGAGCCUAAGCAGUCAGCCAAUCUUAGCAUUUAAUCAAGGGACCGGUAGAGUGAAAAUUGAUUCUUACCUUUAUAUUCACCACUUUAACCUCACUUCGUAUCAGUACCACAUAAAUAAUAUAAGAAAUAUGUUUGACGAAAUUAACACCAACCAAUUUUCAACAUUGAUAAUAGAAGAAUUUCAAAACAUCGAAAAUGUGCUCAAAAGCCUUAUUUCAACUAGAAGAGUAAAGCGAUGGGAUAGUCUAGGAUCAGGAUGGAAAUUUAUAGCAGGCAGCCCGGAUGCCAAUGACCUUAGAAUAAUAAAUUCCUCUUUAAACGACUUAAUACAAAAUAAUAAUGCCCAAGUUAAAAUUAAUAGAGAACUCAAUUUACAAAUGAAAGAGUUUGUACUUAAAACCUCUCAGGCCAUAUCAUUGUUUAAUUCAAGAUCUUCAGAAAUCCAUUCAAUUAAUAUUUUCCUAAAUUUAAAAUAUUUACAUGACAAAUUAGAGCAAAUUGUGGAUAGCAUAAAUUUUGCAAAGAUAGGAAUUUUGAAUAAGAAAAUUUUAAGUUCAGCAGAAAUUCAAGUGUUAGUCCAAAAGCUAAGUAAUGAAAAUGUAACAACUCAUUCCAUCACCGAAGCGCUAUCGUAUGCAGAAUCAUCAGUGGCCACCAACAGCAAGGAGGUAGCUCUGCUUAUCAAAAUGCCCAAGUUAGACCCAAGAGUGUUUAGGAAAGUCCACAUCUAUCCAAUUCAUCAUAAUCAAAAGCAAAUUCAUACCACAAGAAAAACCUUUCUGAUGCACAGCAACGAGAUAUACGCCGUAGAUUCGCUAAAGCCAACAAUCUUCAAUAUGAAUGAUCUAUCACCGGAAAAAUCAUCUUGUAUCUCGGAACUUUUGAAUGGGAAACCCGCCAGAUGCAACUUCACACUCAAUUCAAUUCAGGAUGAAAUCAUUGCAAUUGAUAGCAAUAACGUUAUCAUAAACUACAACAGAAAUUUCACCAUUUCAUCCAAUUGCGGAAUCAGCAACAGGAAUUUAUCUGGUCCAUUCCUUGUUUCAUUCGAAAGCUGCGAAAUUUCGAUCGACAACAGAACUUACAGCAGCAGUAUCAAAAAUCUAGAGGAAUCGCCUUUACAAAUACCACUAGAUGGUGUUACGGUGGACAAUCAACAUCUCAUCAUCAAUUUGAGCUUGGAACAUCUCCAUGAGCUCCAUCUCGAGACAAGAAAGGAUCUGGACUACAUCAAGUUACAAACCAAUAGCCUGCACUGGCCGAAGUUAACCAUAUUUGGGGGAAUAGCUUUCCCUCUAACCAUAAUCAGCUUUGCUAUCGUUUUCAAUUUCAUAUUCAACAGAUCAACGAAGAUAGAAAUUCAACAUGAAGAGCCAGCGAAGGACGUCCCGAUAAUCCUUGACGCAACUCCUCUUAGGACAUUGACGUUUGCAGAUGUGAUUUCCAUGGAACCUAAUCACUCAGCCGGGGCGAGUUAGCAACAGAGCUACCAAAGGAAUUUGCUGACACCCGAAUUGACGACAGGCACCUCAAUCGACACGACGACAGGCCAUCAUCGAACGAUGCGGAGUCAGCAAUACACCGGCCAGCGACAGUCACCGGACGAUAAACAUAUAGGUGUAAUUAUUGGUAGAUAGAUUAAUUAAAGUCAGUAUGA